AAUGCGGUCUUGUUGAUCGAGAUGUAAAAAAUGGGCGAAAUAAAAAAAAAAAACACUUGUAGAGUCUUAUUAAGCAGAUCAAUAUGUAAAUGAACAAAUUCUCUUUAGUGGCUGCUCAGAGAGUAUCUUUAGUUUUACCUCUUAAUCUUAAGCAAUAAUACAUAUGGAACAUAAUCAAAGAUAGCAUCUAUCACAGCAGGAAAUGAUUUUACAAUGGAGUUUGCUGAUAAGAUUAGGAUACCCAAAUUAAAUGGAGUGAUCAUGAGGGGUCCUCACAUAGCCAAAAGUAGUAAUGGAACUCUAGUCAUAACCGGGCACCAUUUAAUAUUCUCGUCUAGAGCGGACGACGUGGAGCUUUGGAUCUUAAAUCGAAAUAUCGAUAUUAUAGAAAGGAAAUUGAAUUCGGUUACAUUAAAAUGCAAAGAUUUUAGAAUUAUUGUAUUUGAUAUGCCAUACAUUGAACAAGCUGCCUCAGUAGCUGCCUCUAUAGAAUCCCUAAUGCUUACUGAAGACACGGAACAUUUCCAUCAUAUAGUUGGAAAUAAAGUCGCUGUGAAUGAAUGUCGUUCACCGUUUGACGUACAAUCUCAGUGUGAAAAGCUCAUAGCCGGAGACAAGAUGUGGCGAAUAUCUGAAGUCAAUAAAGCGUACAGAGUAUGUAGUUCAUACCCAGAGUUGACUGUUGUGCCAUCUAAUGUUGAUGAUGCCAUGUUGAUUGCCUCGGCAAAGUUUCGUCAAAACGGUCGUUAUCCAGUAUUGAGCUAUCGUCAUGAAAAAGGUAGCGUUUUGAUGCGGAGUAGUCAACCGUUAGUUGGUCCAAGUUCUAAACGUUGCAAACAAGACGAACGUGUUAUAAAUUCUGUAUUAGGACCUGGAAAAAGAGGUUACAUAAUAGAUACUCGUAGUAUAGCCAACGCAGCAAGUGCCAAAGCUCGUGGAGGGGGAUUUGAAAUGGAAACUCACUAUCCUCAGUGGCGUCGAGUAAACUCUGCAUUAGAAAGACAUAACGUCUUAUUAGACAGUUUGUCAAAGCUUGUUGAAGCUUGUAACGAUACAACUUGUUCUAUUGACCGAUGGUUAAAUAAACUGAAUGGCAGCGAGUGGCUAUCACAUGUUAAAGAUACGCUUAAUGCUGCUUGUUUAGUUGCUCAGUGUUUAAAUCAAGAAAAAGCAUCAGUACUAGUGCACGGUUCAGAAAGCACGGAUGCUACUUUAGUGUUAAUAUCUUUAACUCAAUUGAUAUUAAAUCCAGAAUGUAGAACAAUUGUAGGAUUUGAAUCGUUGAUUGAAAGAGAGUGGUUACAAGCUGGUUAUCCGUUUGAAACUCGUCAUAAAAGUGGGUGUUAUAAUGCUGCUCGUACAAAACAAUCGUCAUCGUCGUCGUCCAAAGUUUUUCAUCAUGGAUCGGGCGCUACGUUUCUACUGUUUAUAGAUUGCACGUGGCAGAUUCAUUAUCAGUUUCCAUGUUGUUUUCAGUUUUCGACAAACUUCCUAAUAUCGAUUGUUGAUCACGCUUAUUGUUCAGAUUUUGGUACCUUUUAUGGAAAUUGUGAGGCUGAUAGAAAAACAAAUCGAUAUGCUCGGCCAAAUUUGUGGUCUCACUUUGACCAAAAAAAAGAUGAAAUUACCAACCCGUUGUACUUGCCUAAUAGUAAUGUGCUAUGGCCAUCAGUCGCCCCUUUUAGCAUUGAACUAUGGCGAGAAAUGUAUUUGAGGUGGUCUAUUAAUCAAAACCAUCAAAAGAUAUAUGCCAAAGCCAUUGGUGAUUUAAUGAAACAUCAUCAAGAAUUAAAAGCAUUAGCUAUAAAAUUGCGAGAUGAGGCUCAAGAGUCCUCUAACAAGUAUAUUUAGAGUAUCAAUUUUCUUUUUAUACAAAUAUAAUAUAUAUAUAUAAAUAUAUUACAUUGAUACAUUUGAUAAUAUAAAAUAUAUUAUAUUGAUACAUUCUACAUUUGAUUGAUACAGGUACCAAAAUACUCGAAAUAUAAU